GACGAUAGAUCAUUUGGUAGAAAAGGUAAUAAAAAUUAGAAAUUUGACGUUGAUUCCCAUGCAACUUUUAUUACCUCUUAUCUUCCGCAGAAGUUUUUAGAAAGUUAUUUAAGUUCGAUAACUCUUCCAUAUUAAAGGUUAUCGUAUUAUUUACUUUAACUGUUGAUAAAGUGAGCUUUAUCUAAUUCGAAUACUACUUACCUCGGUACGAUACCUGUUUAUAUUUAGUGUAUAAUGAAGUCCGAUAUCUAAAUUACUUUUCAUUUUCAUAACCUCGAAACAAAUAUACGUGUGAUGUGAUGUUCUACAUUCACUGCUUGCAUAAAUGGAUAAUUCGAAACGAACUACAGAAAGGCGCGGCAGUCUCUUAAUAUUAACGAUAAUCAUAGUAAUUAUAAUAAUUAUUGUGAUCGUCGGAAUUUGCGUUGGCGUGUUAACGACAGGUGAAAGUAGGAGAAUAACUUUGUACUGUUUGCUGGUCAUUCUGAUAUUACUUGGAAUAAUGUCGUGUAUCUUCAUCGAAUUUCAACGUAAACAAGCCAUUAGAAAAAGAGACAGAAGUGCGGAAUUAUGGCUGCAGCAGACAUUGGAAGAACAGAGACGAGCGAUUCAGCCAUCUGCUCCACCUUUAAGCGCGCACACUUCGUGGGCCCUAACUGCUCCUUGGAGACAUUCUGGUGACAAAGGUAGAAAAUAUAGUCGUGAAGGUACGUUACCACCGUAUUCUCCGCAAAACGUUAACGGCACCUAGUAAAUAAUUAGUAUAGGUAUUUGAAUUUAAUAUUUUAUAUUUACGAUAAUUUUGUACCUGCACUGUAAAUUAAAAAUCUAUCUGUGGUUAUGUGUGGCGCACUUGCGCUACACAAGUAAUAAAAGUACUUUUAUUGUUACUAAUAAAUACUUGUCGCAUAA